AUGCGAGUCGACAGGUGUGAUUUCUCUGGGUACAAGGUUUACCCCUCAAGGGGAAAGGUCUACGUUAGAGGUGACUCUAAGACCUUCCGAUUCCUUAACCACAAAUCCGAAUCUCUCUUCCUCCAAAGAAAGAACCCCCGAAAGAUCGCUUGGACUCAAGUAUACCGACGAAUGCACAAGAAGGGUAUCACUGAGGAAGUUGCCAAGAAGAGAUCUAGAAAGAACGUAAAGGUUCAACGAGGUAUCGUCGGUGCCGAUCUCGCCUCCAUCCUCGCCAAACGAACUGCCAAACCCGAAGUCCGAGCUGCCGCCCGAGCUGCUGCCAUCACCAAGGCCAAGACUGAGAAACGUGACAAGGAAGCUUCCAAGGCAGCCAACCGAUCCACCCAAGCUAACCAACCUAAAGUAUCAAAACAAGCUAUGAAAGGUGGUAAAGGUGGUCGAUAA